UUACUAAUUACCAAGCAGAAUACAGCAAAGAGACAAUGGGCUCUUGUUUCUGGGGCUCGCCUCGCGUAGCCCGUGUCGGAAGCCUAACCAUUACCCAACACAGACGAAGAAACGGAAUUUAAAGACUUGAUGAUGAAAAUGAAAAACGAGUCAAAGAUUAUUACUUCUAUGAUUCCAAGUCUUUGAUAAUUCAAAUAAAAGACUCUUCCGUUCUAUCUAAUUUUCCUUUCACAUCAGAUUGAGUUCUGGAAGAAGGGAUUAUAUUGAAGCUUGAAUCGAAGUGAAGAUAGAGACCUAAGUGAUCAAGUUCCUUUCUUUUUUUAUCUGGGAAGGUGAGUUGUGGUGAAUUUAUGGGGGGUUCUUGGAUCUUGAUUGGCUUCUUGCAUUUGAUGUGGAUAUCUUGAAUUGGGUUUCCUUCAAAAUCCAAUCUUGUUCAUUAUAUUUUUAUGGGGUUUUAAGGCUUUGAUUGGGCUUUUGCUCUUGUGAACAUUGCAAUGAAGUUCUUGGCAAAAGCUUAAAACCUGCACCUUUUCUUCUCUUCCAAGAGCUGGAAUUUGGUUGGCAUUACUUGAUAUAUCUCUGGUGUUUCACUGUUCUUGAUAUUCAAUUAAGAAAAGUUUUCAUUUGCAAUGGCUACUCCGCCACAAGCUUCUCCUGGAUACUCUAAGACUAUUACUCCGCAGAUUGAUUCUCCUUCACCUAAUCCUGAUAGAAGUCCAACUGUUCCUGCCACUUCCACAAUCUCGCCUGGAGCGCCUAGAUUUCCUCCGCCCAAUUUACGAAAAGAUCAGAUCCCUUCCCCUUCAAUAAAAAAUCCUACUGUGCUAUCACCGGCAAAUGGGGUCAAAACUGGAAGCCCUAUUCCCCAUCUGAGUACUCCACCUGGCCCUCCUGUAUUUACAUCACCUGUACGGCCUGCUGCUGUGCCUUUCCGGACCUCUCCCGCAACUCCUCAGCCAGUUGCUUUCUCAUCAGGUUCAUCUUUGCCCACAUCUUCACCUCCUCACUUUUCAAAUGGGUCAGUUGAGCUGCAACAGCAGCUUCCCAGUGCUAUAGAGGAAUCUUUGCCCAAUGGAGAGUCACCAUGCGUUUUAUUCUCAGCUCAGAAGGUGUUGAAACAGAAGAAACAAGCAAAUGUACCUAGCUUAGGUUUUGGAGUAUUAGUUUCUCCUGGGAGGGAGACUUCACCAGGUCCUCAAGUGAUACAACGUGACCCUCAUCGAUGCCAUAAUUGUGGAGCUUAUUCAAAUCUCUAUUGCAACAUACUAAUUGGCUCAGGCCAAUGGCAGUGUGUAAUCUGCCGGAAUCUGAAUGGAAGUGAAGGUGAAUACAUAACAUCAAGCAAGGAGGAUCUCCGUAAUUUUCCAGAGCUGUCAUCACCUUUGGUUGAUUUCAUUCAAACGGGGAAUAAGAGACCAAGUUUUGUUCCGGUUACUGAUUCAAGAACAUCUGCACCGAUUGUUCUUGUCAUUGAUGAAUGUUUAGAUGAGCCACAUCUUCAGCAUUUACAGAGCUCCCUGCAUGCAUUUGUCGAUUCAGUUCUACCAACAACAAGAAUUGGAAUUAUUUUGUACGGUCGCACAGUAUCAGUCUAUGACUUUUCAGAGGAAUCAAUAGCAUCUGCUGAUGUGAUUCCAGGUGGCACUUCACCAACUCAAGAGAACUUGAAAGCAUUGAUUUAUGGAACUGGCAUAUACUUGUCACCAAUGCAUGCUUCGAAAGAGGUGGCACACCAGAUAUUCUCUUCAUUGAGGCCAUACAAGUUGAAUGUGCCAGAAGCAUCAAGAGAUAGAUGCUUGGGUACUGCAGUUGAGGUUGCUUUGGCUAUUAUUCGAGGACCAUCUGCAGAUAUGUCUCGAGGUGUAGUUAAAAGGCCAGGUGGUAAUAGCAGAAUCAUUGUGUGCUCUGGUGGACCAAAUACUUAUGGCCCUGGAUCUGUCCCUCAUUCUUAUACUCACCCUAAUUAUCCUCAUAAGGAAAAGACAGCAUUGAAAUGGAUGGAGGGUCUUGGUCAUGAGGCUCAUCAACAUAACACGGUGGUUGACAUUCUCUGUGCUGGAACUUGCCCUGUAAGAGUUCCUGUGUUGCAGCCUCUUGCGAAAGCUUCAGGGGGUGUUUUGGUUCUUCAUGAUGACUUUGGUGAAGCCUUUGGUGUGAACUUACAACGGGCAUCUGCAAGGGCAGCUGGUUCGCAUGGUUUGUUGGAGAUACGCUGUUCUGAUGAUAUUCUUGUUACUCAGGUUGUGGGUCCUGGUGAAGAGGCACAAAUAGACACCCAUGAAACCUUCAAAAAUGAUAUUUCUCUCUGUAUUCAAUUGCUGAGUGUCGAAGAAACACAAUGCUUCUCCAUAUCGAUGGAGAAUAAACAUGACAUCAAGAGUGAUUAUGUAUAUUUCCAGUUUGCUAUUCAAUACUCAAAUGUUUAUCAAGCUGACAUAGCUAGAGUGAUUACUAUCAGAUUGCCAACUGUGGAUAGUGUUUCAGCCUAUCUUCAAAGUGUUCAAGAUGAGGUGGUUGCAGUCCUAGUUGCCAAGAGGACUCUCUUGCGAGCAAAAAAUUAUUCUGAUGCAAUUGACAUGCGAACAACAAUCGAUGAAAGAGUUAAAGACAUUGCAUUUAAAUUUGGAUCUCAAGUGCCAAAGUCAAAGCUUUAUCGGUUCCCAAAGGAAAUCUCUUUACUACCAGAGCUUCUAUUCCAUCUUAGAAGGGGCCCACUGUUGGGAAGUAUAGUUGGUCAUGAGGAUGAGAGGUCUGUACUGCGGAAUUUGUUUUUGAAUGCAUCUUUUGAUCUUUCAGUUCGCAUGGUUGCCCCUCGUUGUUUGAUGCACCGAGAAGGAGGUACUUUUGAAGAAUUGCCAGCUUAUGAUCUUGCCAUGCAGUCUGAUACAGCUGUUGUUCUAGACCAUGGUACAGAUGUCUUCAUCUGGUUGGGUGCUGAACUUGCAGCUGAUGAAGGAAGAAGUGCAGCAGCUUUGGCAGCUUGUAGAACAUUGGCAGAAGAGCUCUCAGAGUUACGAUUUCCAGCUCCACGGAUCCUUGCGUUCAAGGAGGGGAGCUCUCAGGCUCGUUAUUUUGUUUCUCGGUUAAUACCAGCACACAAGGAUCCUCCUUACGAGCAGGAGGCAAGAUUUCCGCAGCUUCGAACCCUGACAACAGAACAGCGGACAAAACUGAAAAGCAGUUUUAUUCAUUUUGAUGAUCCCAGCUUCUGUGAAUGGAUUCGGAGCUUGAAAGUAGUGCCACCAGAACCAAGCUGAGAGAUUUUUUUAAAGUUUUUUGCAGUUAAUAUUCCUCCAAAAGGAAGCACCGGGGAGUUGCAUCCAACCAUCAUUUAUUGGAAUCUUUCUACUCUUCUUUUUCUUCUUCUCCCUCUAAAGGGAAUGUAACUCCGUUCAUCUUUUCUCUUUAUUAUUAUUUUUUUCUUGUCUAGCCCUUACUUUACAAAAAUCCCCCUUCCCUCUUUUGAACUACAAAGAAACAGUUAUACUUGAUAGUAACUCCCCUCCCAAAAUUAACAUUGUUGUCUCAUUCUUUAGUUGAAAAUGCUUUGCUAGAGCAAUAGUUUUAAUUUAACUUUGUAUCAUUCCUGUA